AUGGUGUUACCAGCCUCAGCUUAUAUCCAGGAAGGUGGACAAAGCUUCAGCCAGAUCACAGAGCUGGUGGUUCGUGAGCAGCUUCAUGAUGGGGAGAAUCCCCACAAGUGCUCAGAGUGUGGGAAGAGCUUCAGGCAGAGCAGCACCCUGAUCAGCCACCAGAUGAUCCACACCAGGGAAUGGGCCUCCGAGUGUGGGGAAUGUGGGAAGGGCUUCAGUUACAGGUCCACCCUUGUGACCCACCAACGCAUCCACACCGGGGAGAGGCCCUACAAGUGUCCCCAGUGUGGGAAGAGUUUCACCCAGAGCUCUGACUUGACCAGACAUGAGCAGCUCCAUGAUGGGGAGAAGCCUCACACGUGCAUGGAGUGUGGGAAGAGCUUCAGGCGGAACUGCAACCUGAUUGUGCACCAGAGGAUCCACACUGGGGAGAAGCCCUACGAGUGUGGGGAGUGUGGAAAGAGCUUCAGCCAGAGGUCUAGCCUGAUCAAGCACCAGAGGAUCCACACUGGAGAACGGCCCUUCGAGUGUGGGGAGUGUGGGAAGAGCUUCAGCCUGAGCUCCAACCUGAUCAAGCACCAGAGAACCCACACUGGGGAGAGGCCCUACGAGUGUGGGGAGUGUGGGAAGAGCUUCUCACAGAGCUCCCACCUGUCCUCGCACAAGAGGACCCACACUGGGGAGAAGCCCUAUGAGUGUUCCAAGUGUGGGAAGGGGUUUCAGAUCAGCUCCCGUCUCAUCAGGCACUAUCAGAGUCACACAGAGGAGAGGCCCUUCCAAUGCCCUGAGUGCGGGAAGAGAUUCAGGCAGAACGCCCACCUGAUCAGGCACCGGCGCAUCCACACUGGGGAGAGGCCCUACGAGUGUCCCCAGUGUGGGAAGAGCUUCUCCAGGAGUUCUCACUUGACCCGACACCAACAGAGGCACUGGUAAGGGAAGCCCUGCGAGUGCCCCGAGUGCGGGCAGAGCUUCGUGCGCUGCUCCAGCUCCAUCCCCCA